CAUUCAACCAGCAGGGAAUAGUGUUGAACAUAAAACACACUUUCCUUCUGAAAGCUGAGUCAUGCAAAGUUCUGCCUCCUUCAUUGUUAGGUUAGGGAUUGAUAAGUUAAGUUACUAGGCAUUGUGCUACAAACGAAUACUUUCAGUAUCUCUUGUCUUGGAAAGAGGUUCACCAAUUUGCUUAAUCUUUUUGAAUUAGUGGCUUUUUCUUCAACUCCUACUUUUUGGCCUUGUCAAACAGGCUCUGAAAGAUGGCAGCCAAAGUCAAUGGAACAGCAGAGGACAAAGUUGUCAAGAUGGAGGUGGACUACAUAAGCUCAUUCGAUGAAAAGUUAGAGGCAGCAAAGAAAACAGCAGCUGAAGGAAAUUUGUAUGAGGCUCUAGAGUCACUUUUAUCCCUGGAGAAACAAACACGAACUAAUGUUGACCUGACAUCAACAUCGCGCGUUCUUGUUACAGUAGUUGAGAUCUGUUACAAUGCUAAGAAUUGGAAUGCUCUCAACGAACACAUAAUUUUGCUGUCAAAGCGAAGAAGUCAGAUCAAAGAAGCUGUCACCAAGAUGGUGCAAGAGUGUUGCAAGUAUGUCGAUAAGACCCCAUCAAAGGAAAUCAAGACGAAACUUAUCGACACGCUCCGUUCCGUCACAGAAGGAAAGAUCUAUGUAGAAGUUGAGCGGGCAAGGCUAACACAUAUCUUGGCAAAAAUGAAAGAGGAUGAUGGUGACAUACAGGGAGCAGCUACAAUUAUCCAAGAACUCCAAGUGGAAACAUAUGGGUCCAUGGAAAAGAAAGAAAAGGUUGAAUUAAUUUUGGAGCAAAUGAGGCUAUGCUUAGCCAAAAGAGACUACAUUCGCACACAAAUCAUUUCCAAGAAAAUAAACACUAAAUUUUUCGAAGAUGAAUCAACCUCAGAGCUUAAACUAAAGUAUUACAGAAUCAUGAUUCAGUUGGAGAGGCAUGAAGGCUCAUAUUUAAACACGUGCAAACAUUACCGUGCUAUUUUAAAUACAAAAUGCAUCCAAGACAAUGCAGAAGAAAGUCAAGCAACCCUUCAAAACGUUGUUCUUUAUCUCAUCCUAGCGCCGUACAGCAAUGAACAAGCUGAUCUCACCCAUCGUGUCAUGGAAGAAAAGAUUUUGGAUCAAAUUCCAUUACACAAAGAAUUACUGAGAUUAUUUAUGACAGCAGAAGUGAUACAGUGGUCAAGCCUUUGUGAAAAAUACGAAAAAGAGCUGAAGAAUGGAUCGGCUAAAUCCAAACCGACCUCGGUCUUUGAUUCGAGUGAAGAGGGUCAAAAGCGUUGGAAGGACCUUAAAAUUCGUGUAGCAGAACAUAACAUAAGAAUUAUGGCAAAAUACUACACAAGAAUUACGUUGAAAAGAAUGUCAGAGCUUCUGGAUCUCUCUAUCGAGGAAACAGAGGAGUUCCUGAGCAACAUGGUGACCAACAAAACUGUGUCCGCCAAAACAGACCGGCCGGCUGGAAUUGUUAAUUUUGCAUCAAUGAAAGAUCCAACAGACAUCUUGAACGACUGGGCCAGUCAUAUCAACUCACUCAUGAAGCUGGUCAACCACACAACGCAUUUAAUCAACAAAGAGCAAAUGGUCUACAUGCAUUUAAUGGCCUUGGGCUCAAAUGCAGCACCCCCUGCUGUCGAGUCGGCCUCAAACUAAUCACACGGCCUCCUUAAUGUAUCUAAUUUUCUUAACACCGAAGCAUUGAAAGCAUUUUUAUUUUGUAUAUUUUUAUCAUGCCAAUCUUUUGUAAUUAAUUUUAAGCUCAUUUCAUUUUAUUAACCGCCCUAAUCUAAUAUUUCAGAGUAAAAAAUUGUUUAUCUUUCAAUGAA